AUGCCAUCAGAUGCGAACUUUGUUGAUGCCUACCCAUGCACAGCUCUUCAGGAAGGGCUGCUGGCAUUGUCAAUGAAACGAUGUGGCAGUUUUACUCCUCAGAUUAUAUGCAAGCUUCCAACAAACAUUGAUCCGAGUAAGUUCAAGGCUGCUUGGCAGACUACAGUGGAUUCAAAUUCGACACUUCGAACUAGUUUUGUACAAACGAGAUAUUCAGGCCUGCUCCAAGUAGUUUUGGCGGUAAAGCCUAUUAUUUGGUCAGAAGAUGUCAACCUAGAAGGUUACUUGAGCAAAGACCAAAAGAUCUUCCCUUCAUUUGGAAAGAAUUUAUUGAGAUACGGCCUCAUCCAUAACCGUCAAUCCAAUUGCUCGUACUUUGUUUGGACGUUUCAUCAUGCCAUUCUUGAUGGGUGGAGCAUGCGUUUGAUCUUUCGACAGGUUGAGCAAUCAUAUAGAGGAGAGAAUUUUGAACCGCUGGAGGAGUUCAAGCGCUUUAUUGCUUAUCAAUUGAGACUCGAGAGACAGUCACGGAAAGAGAGUGAGGUAUUUUGGAGAAACCACCUGGCGACCACUUCUGGAAUGCAGUUUCCUGCUGUUUCGUCGCAGCAGCAAUCACGUGCAAAUGGUUAUUCAGAACGGUUUAUUCACGUGAAAGAAAACCUUUUGGCUGGUGCAACAACCUCCACAAUUAUACAAGCCGCAUGGGCUAUACUAUUAGCACGACGUACUGCUGCAACGGAAGCUACCUUUGGUCUCGUACUUGCGGGACGGAAUUCAAAAAUUUCAGGUCUUGAUUUAAGAAAAGUCAACGGUCCAACAUUCAAUUCGUUGCCCAUGCGAGUAAUCAUCCAAGAUGGUAAAUCUGCAAAAGAUCUUUUCGCCUCGAUCCACAACUCUCGAGUCGCAAUGAACUCUCAUCAGUAUAUUGGCCUGCAAAACAUCCGCAAGCUAGGCGCGGAUUGCGCUAGGGCUUGCAGUUUCCAGAAUCUCCUCGUCAUUCAGCCCAGAUUAGAGAGAGAUAUCGGCAGUAUAUUCGGCGCCAGAGAGAAUACUAAUGAUCACUGGGCAAAGCUAAAUGCUUAUCCUUUAAUGAUGCAAUGUGAUUUGAUGGCGGGUGGAUUUACUGCAAUGGCCAGCUAUGAUUCCCACAUAAUAUCUGAUCGCGAAGUAGACACUUUGCUUCAACAAUUUGAUAACAUCAUUUCUCGUCUGUCAGAUGCAAGCACAUUAGUUGGGAAUAUAGGGCUAUCAAUAUCAGAAAUAUCAAGUCAACUAGCAAUUCAAGAGACUGGAGCUGAAGAGGUGCACUCUUGCGUUCAUGAGGUCAUUCAACAGGAGUCACAGGGCCGUGAAGCUGAAUUGGCGGUGACAUCUUGGGAUGGAGAGUUGACUCACGCCCAAUUACACUCCAUAUCUGAUCGUCUAGCAUAUCUUCUCCAGUCCGCAGGGGUUGGGCCUGAAGUUAAGGUUGCACUGAUUUUUGAAAAAUCUAUGUGGGCUAUAGUCGCCAUGAUGGCAGUGAUGAAGGCGGGCGGGGCUUUUGUACCUAUGAGCCCCGAUCAUCCUGAAGACAGAAUCAGGAAAUUGGUAAAGCAAAUAGGUGGAAUAGUGAUGCUAUUUUCAGAAAGCCUUUUUCGCUCCUUUACGGGCUUCGCUGACCAAACGUUUGCUGUGGGAAAAUCGAUGCUCGAAGCCCUUCCCCAAGGUAUGUGUAUUGGUACUGAAAUUAUCCAUAAAGGUGUCAAUCCCGCUAAAAUUGGAUCAGGUUUUAUUGGAAGUUUUCUUGUCCUUGACGAGAACGAUCAAUUGGCGCAGCGAGGGGCUGCUGGUGAGUUGUUGAUUGGCGGGCCUCUCGCAAGAGAAUAUCUUAGAAACAAUGAAAAGACGGAAGCAUCGUUCGUGCCUACACCAUCCAGUGUCCCUACGGGAUCUACCCGGUGGAAAAGAUGGUAUAGAACAGGUGACUUGGUUAAGAUGGAUGCUGAUGGGUCGAUCGUGUAUAUUGCGCGAAAGGAUACGGGUGCACAGGUCAAGCUAAAUGGUCAAAGAAUUGAGAUGGGGGAGAUUGAAACUCACCUGCAUCAAAAUCUUGACAAUGUCAUAGAUCUCGCCACAGUGAUAGCAACGCCUGUAGAUGGCAGAUCGCCAUUCCUAGCAACAUUUUUGUGUCUUAAAGAUGGAUUAAGCAGCAGAGGAAAAGAAGAAGGCUGUGUUUUCAAAGAAUGUCGUGAAAAAUCUAAGGUCCGAUCACUCAUUGACCGCUUGAGUCGCGCACUACCUCAGUAUAUGAUACCUAAAGUGUACAUUCCUCUAUCAUCAAUACCCCUCACUAUCUCUCAGAAGUGUGACCGCAAAAGACUGCAGACUCUUGCAGCCGGCUUAACGACUUCAGAGUUUGCGUAUUAUUCAGGUCAAGAAGCUACGCACUCUACCCCUUUGGCGGAGAAUGAACUUCAAAUGCAGCGUCUGUGGUCCGCUAUUUUGAAACUACCACCAGGAAAUAUAGGAAGAAAGGAUAGUUUUACACGACUUGGUGCAGACUCUAUUCUUGCUAUGAAGCUCGUUGCAGCAGCGCGAGAAGAGGGCAUUGACCUGACUGUUGCAACCAUAUUUCAGACACCAAUCCUAUCAGAUCUUGCAGAAAGCUUCGCAGAUAUUAAUGGCUCCACAGCUACUGCGUGCGAUGACAUAGAGGCAUUUUCUAUGGUCGGGGAAGGUAAUCAGCUGCUAAAGGCAACCAUUGAUGGUGGUAUCAAGACAAGUCAUGUCGAAGACUUGUACCCGUGCACCCCUUUUCAGGAAGCCAUCAUGGCUCUCUCAAUGAGUCAUCUUGGUACGUAUGUUGCACAACAUGUCUUUGAAUUAUCCAAGGAUCUAUACUCUAAUAUCGACAAAUUUCGCGCUACGUGGAACGAAGUCGUGCGUUCAAGCCCAAUUCUUCCCACGCGUAUCAUACAGCAUGAAUCUUCCGGUCUGCUGCAGAUGGUUACGACCGAAGACGUCUUAUGGAACACGCAAGACAACCUCCAACGAUAUUUGGAAUCCGACAAAUCUCUCGCCAUGGGCUUAGGAACUCCACUCAGUCGUUUCUGCAUCGUUGAAGAGUCGAACCUACAUUGUCACAAAUAUUUCUUUGUCCUGACCUUGCACCACACCAUAUACGAUGCCUGGAGUAUAAAUUUGAUGCUUCAGCAGGCGGAAAAGGAAUAUGAGAUGCUCAAAAAAAUAUGUACGAACGUUGUAGGCUCCAAUCAACCUCAAAAUGUGCAGUUCAACCGAUUUAUCAAGACUGCUCUCGACCUAGAUCAACUAGCAGCAGAAGCAUUUUGGAGAUCUGAGUUUACGAGUGAAGGUGCAGCACCUUCACGUUUUCCUACCAUCAAAGCUGGAUACCAGCCGCAGCCCAGUGAAAUAGCCAUUAAAGACAUCAAGCUGUCACGAAAAGCUAAUUCCGACUUUCGAAUCUCCAAUCUUAUCCGGACAGCUUGGGCAAUUGCGAUCAGUAACUCCUCUAACUCGAAUGAUAUUGUGUUUGGAAAAGUUCUGGCGGGACGUACAGGUUCAUCGGCUGACCUCACUAGAGUAGUCGGGCCCACACUAGCUACCGUGCCGGUCAGAAUCACAUUGAAACCUCACGAAGCAGCCCUAGCCCUACUUCAGAAAGUUCAAACUAAAAUGAUGAAAAUGAUGCCAUUCGAACAUAUGGGUCUCACAAACAUCCAACGAAUGGGAGGGGAACUGAAGAAGGCGUGCGAAUUUCAGAAUAUCCUGGUCAUACAAUCCAAGGAAAAUUCAGCCAUCGAUGAAUCGUUCAUGGGGCAACGUCAAAUGGAUCUCGUAAACGCAACCGUUUGGGACACAAAUGUUUUGACUCUCGAGUGUCAUCUUACCUCAGAUGGGCUAAAGGCAAAGGCAAUCUUUGACUCGAAAGUUAUCGCAACUCUGCAGAUGGAUAGGAUACUAUCCCAAUUCCAGCAUGUCCUUCAGCAGUUGUGCCAUGAAGAUGCGGGCAAGACUGUCCAGGAUCUCAAUUCCAUCAGCGAGAUUGACCUGCAAAAUAUCUGGGAAUGGAACUCUACAUUACCAGAUGUAUUGAAAUGUUGCGUUCACGAAGUUAUUGACGUCAUGACGAAGCAAGAUCCUCAUUCUCCAGCGAUUUCCUCUUGGGAUGGUGAUUUGACUCGCGAUGAAUCACGCCUCAUUUCACUUAUUGAACAAGUCAAAGCUGAAUUGAUUCUCUGCUUAAGCGACGUCCAACAGUCGUGCUUAGAAUUAUUCCCAGGUGGUAAAACAGUUGUCGUUUCGGAGAGCGAGAUGAAUCUAUUUCCAGUGCCGGCGGAUAUUGUGAGCAAUGUCGCCCCUGAAGACCCUCUCUAUAUUUGCUUCACUUCCGGUACUACUGGGAUUCCCCAAGGUACAGUAGUGACGCAUGAAGCAUAUUGCUCAGGUACGAGAGAUCAUGGCAAAGCGCUGCAUUUCGGUCCCACAUCUCGAUUUCUGCAGUUCGCUUCAUAUAGCUUCGAUACUUCUAUUGAGGAUAUUCUAACAACCCUUAUGACUGGAGGCUGUCUUUGCAUACCAUCUGAGGAGGAAAGAAAUUCAGAUAUCGUGGGAGCGAUAGCUAGGAUGAAUGUUAACACAGCGGAUCUUACACCAUCGUAUAUAAGCUCAAUUUCACCCGAUUCAGUUCCCUCGCUGAAAAGAGUGACACUUGGUGGAGAGCCUAUCACUGCUAAUGUCAUUAAGACUUGGGCGGAUCGUGUUCAUUUAAUUAAUGCUUUUGGAACCACCGAAUGUUGCGUAACAAGCGUAGUAAACUCAGAGAUUUCUACAAGCACCUCGCCCACAAAUAUUGGACGUGGAGCUGGUGCAAUUACUUGGAUCGUCGAUGUUGAAGAUUCGAACCGUCUUCUACCUAUCGGAUAUCUCGACGAUGAAGCAAAAACUAAAGCUGUUUUCAUCGGUAGUCCUAGCUGGGCUCGUAACUCUAGCUCGAGCCAACGUCCUGCACGUUUAUACAAAACAGGCGAUCUUGCUCAAUACAAUUCUGAUGGUACGAUCAGUUAUCUCGGUCGGAAGGAUACUCGAAUCAAACUUCGUGGACUUCGUAUAGAAAUAGCAGACGUGGAGCAUCAUCUCCUCAGUCAUCCGCAAGUCAGAAAAGCUAUGGUUGUAUUGCCUACUUCGGGGCCGUAUGCAGAUCAGCUUACGGCAAUUAUCGAACUCGAAAUUCCAACUAGUUUUGAGAAGAACGGCGGUAUCACGGUCGUCCCUCACUUGGAACUCGAAGCUUCCGGAUUUAAAUGGUCCAGCAUUGCCGAUCAUCUAAUAGAAAAUCUGCCAAGUUAUAUGGUUCCUUCUUCCUGGAUUACUAUGAAAACCAUACCCCUUCAUACCUCUGGAAAAUUGGACCGCCCUAGACUCACCAAAUGGCUCACUAGUCUUCCGUUGAUCCAAAGAGCCGAGACUUAUCCCAAAAGUGACGAAGCACCUUUGAUAUCAUCAGAUGACCAUAUUUCAUUAGAACUGAGCGAUAAGAUUGCACAACUAAUCACCAAAAAGCCAUCUUCGCAUAUCAAUUCAGAUAUCGUAGGGCGUGAUGUCAACUUGGCAUCUGUGGGAAUAGACUCCAUUAAAAUUAUGUCUCUGGCAGCUUUCAUCAAACGAGAAUAUGGGGUCAUUGUUCAUGUGCGCGCCUCAAGCGAAGAAAUUGGCAAAAAGCGAAUCAUAGCAGCAGCCAAAUCCGCAAGAUGGUGGAAUGACACUCUCGCUGCAAAACUCGAAAUCUGGACCGGUGAUCCCGCCAAACCAAUGUUAGCCCUGAGCCCUAGGCAAUGGCAAGAAUUAAACACAGUCGAUGCGAUAAUUCAUAAUGGAGCUUCAGUACAUUGGAAUGCGGAUUACCACACUCUCAGAGCCGCGAACGUCACAUCAACUUUCGACCUUCUUAGGAAUAUUUCCGGCACAAUCUCCCUUCCUAAAUUCGUUUACGUAUCCGGAGGUCGAGAUUUCGGAGAAGAAACAGAUGAUAAUACUACUGCUAAGAAAUUAAAUAGACUAGACGGAUACAGUCAAACAAAAUUCGUUUCAGAACUACUAGUACGAAAGUUUGCCCAACGAGCCGCAACUUCUGCGCAAAACCAUCAUCACAUUUCCAUCGUCAAGCCCAGAUUAAUAAUCGGCACCACACAGGAAGGAGUCGCCAAUACCACCGAUUUCCUAUGGCGAUAUGUCGCUGGCGCCAUAACCAUAGGCGCCUACCCCCUCCCAUGCAAAAAUGACUGGUUAACCGUCGCACACGCCGAUCUCAUUGCUUCUUCUACCAUUAAUACUCUGAUUCAUACUCCCAAAAAUCAAAAGUACACUUUAGAUAUAAACUGCGGAAUCUCCAUGCAAAAAUUCUGGGAUCUGGUUAAUAAACAUAUGGGCGAUCGACUUCGACCGAUUUCUUCAUAUGAAUGGUUUCUGUUAAUACAAAAGGAUCUCGAGAGGCGCACUGAGAUGCAUCCGCUGUGGCCGGUGGCGCAUCUUAUUAGCUCGGAGGGAAAUUUGGGGAAGGAUAGGAAGCCGAGGGAAUGGGAUGGGUUGGUGGAGAAGGAGGUAGACGUAGAGGUAGAGGAGGCGGUGGGGAAGAAUGUGGAGUUUUUGAGGGAGAUGGGAUAUUUUGAUUAG